CCAUUUGACCAGCCGUCUGUCGACCUCAUCCUUCGCUCGUCGGACCGCGUCGACUUUUACGUCCAUCGCAACAUCCUUGCCCAAGCGUCACCUGUGUUCGCGGACAUGCGCUCAAUCCCCCAACCCUCCCCAAUCUCGCAGGAAGAAGCAUUCGAUCCCCCCAUUGUAAAUGUCUCCGAGGACGAGAAGACCCUACGCCGACUGCUCUUCCUCUGCUAUCCCCUGAAGAAACCCGACAUCGAGUCAUUGAGGGACGUCGAGCUGGUCCUGACGGCAGCUAUCAAGUACGAUAUGGAGUGGCCCAUCUCCUCCCUUUCGGAUCGUCUUCAGUCUUCCGCAAACGAACAUCCCCUGCAAGUGUGGGCAAUCGCGUGCCGAGCAAGCCUCGAAGGCAUCGCCCAAAACGCCGCGGCGAAAAUGAAGGCACCUCGGCCUAGUACAACCACCAUGGAGACGAGUCUCAAAACUUUGAUUGGGGCGGAUGGGCUGGGUGUUCUCGAAGGGAUCAGUGCGGGAGUCUACUUCCGCCUGCGCGAGUACCUGAGCUCC